UUUUAUAUAAUAUCGAGGAAAGUUUUCUUCCACGGAAAGACGGUGACUUUUGUCGAGGAAAAGUGGAAACUUUAAUCAAGCCUCGGUGCGUGUUGAAGGACAACGAAAGGAAAGUUUCUUUUUUUUUCCCCCCCGCACGUGAAGAAUAUUCUACGGAUAUUACGUUGUUCUUCGGUCGGUGUCGUAAAGUUUUAAUGAAAAGUCCGAGGGUUGAGACACCCUUGAGCCGCGAUUCGGUGGAAACGACGUCACCGCUUCUAUAUUCCCUGAAUGAUGCUGGAAAACGAGCUGUCCUCUUUUACGACUGUUACGCUUCGUUUCCCGCUUGAAAUUCACGAAAAACCUAAGUUCCUGCAGUCAGUUUUAAUGGUCGCCUCAAGUUGCCAGUGAUUAAAGUAAAUGUUUUGUCCUCUCUGAACAAUCAACGCGUUAAGUAGAAAGAGAGAAUUUCAACCAGAAAUGUUAAACAAUGGAUCAAGAUUCAAUCAGAUCAAUUUAUGAUUAUCACACAAGAGAAACCGGCACGAAUGGGGCUUAAAGUAAGCGAAACUGUUUUUUCUAUUCCCCUCAAUCGUUGCACGGCUCGACAGAAUAAUUUCAUCCUAAUUAAUUGCACCGCCUUUCACGUUCCCCUUCCGGUGCUGAUGAACCUUCCGGUCAGAUUGACGAUCGCCUCUCGGUCUACUGACUCCUUGAAUAAAGAGCAGACCGAGAGGCACGGAAACAGGUGGUGUUCCGUCAGAGGAUGAUGAACGAUACGCAACCAACUGUGGCCCGAGAAGCAGCAGCGCGAAAAUUCAUCUCGAAUCCACCAGAGACACGAGAUAUCCCACGGUUAUCGGUUGUUUGAUCCUUUCCGAGUUACGUGUAUCAAGAAAAAAAAGCAUCGAUUUCAUGGCUGCUUAAUUUUGCGAUCGAAUUUUCAUUUAGAAAGGAACAGAAAUUAAUUAAUUAGCCUAGCAAGUGGAAAGCUUUAAUAGAGAACCGAAUGAAAACAUAGAAAAAUCCUUCGUAACCGGGUCAGUUUAUUUGCAAUGCAAAGCAUACCGAUUUGUUGAUCGCCAUAGAAACGACCCGUGAUUUUAACACGCCUCAACUGAAACGCACGCGAUUUCUUCGAUCGUCGCAUUAUCCUUUUUGCAUAAAACGUUUCCUCCCGCGAGAUUGUCGUUAAGAAGGUUUAUCGGCGAUUGAUCGAUCGGUUCGAUCGGCGAGGAACAAGAUUCAAGUGGAAAUAAGCACUAGAUGCGAGUUUCUGUUCUAUUUCAGCGUCGUCUAGACCUAGAAUAGCUUAGACACCAAGUACUCUCAACGGAGACAAGCUGUCUCUCCUAGUCACCUCCUCGCUUGGAGGCUAGAAUCUUGGCAAACUCUUGUUUCGAAGUUCAAGCAGCGUGAUACAACACGCUACAACUCUAUUAAUAUUCUUUUUUUUCCAGUGAAAAACACUGAAUUUUUCUUUUUUUUUUCCGCGAACAAGAAGAUUCUUUUUCAUUAUUCUUGAAAACGAUGCUACUUACAUAACAAAGAAACUUGUUGAACAAAUUUGAAAGUAACAAAGGAGGAAAUGAAUGAAUAUUUAUUCCUGUUGAAAUUGAAAAUUGAAAAUUGAAACUGAAAUUUAAUAACGGAGCUACGGAGGGCAACAAAGUGCCGUUCGAGUUCAAAGGGUUAAUUAUGAAUGACAAUGUGUCGGGUGGAAAAAUAGGCGGUUGUUCAGAGGACAAGUAUGCACCCUAAAGUAUUCAUCGUUGUCGAACGAACUGUUCCAAUCCCUCCCUUUGGAAGGCCAACUUCUGAACACGUUAGCGAGUGAAAAUUUUAAUAGCGAACCGAAAAUAACCCCGGCAUAACGAGCCGGUAUUCGAACCGCCGCGUGUUUAACGUUCAAAUCUGCCGUUAAGAUUCUUGGAAGUAUUCCUGCUAUGAAUAUAACAGGCGUACCGUUCAUAAUUCAAGUACCUUCGUGCGAAAGACGGUGAUCUAACGUUUAAAUCAUUGCAUCGUGACAAUAUCCAAUAGUUUUCACAGAAAUAUUAUAAAAAAUUUACCAUUUAUCCGGAUACACGCGCAAGUCAGUCAUCGAAUAGCCGCUAAUUCAAGGCCGGUCAGUUCGCAAAGGCAGCGGUCCUUGAUCGAUUUUGCAACUUUCUCGUAUCCGCGAAAGUGAAUUUUUCGGUCAUCGAGGGUCCGAUGAUUCACGAUUCCCUCGUCGGACCUACAAAAUUUAAAUAAUAUUAGAGUUGAUAAAAACAACGAUUUAAUUAAAGCGAGACGCGUCUGAUUGUUUUCUUAUCAAAGUCUGUUGCUUAAUCAGACGAAUGCUAUCGAUCAAAAUGAUCAACUUAAUUAUUGUCCGUAGUCCAUUGAUUAUUAUUGUUGUGUCUUUAUUGUGUCAUUAAAUCAUUGUGAAAUAAGGAAACGAAAUUGCAAUGAAAACAAUGAAAUUGCGUAUUCUUGUCCUCUUCCAUUGCACUCGAUGCAAGUUAAAUUACACAGCAUAUUUUAGCUGGUUCUUACAGCAAAAGAAUGCUCUUCCACGAAUUCGAAGGUUUCGUUUAAUUAUAUGCACAAACGAUCUUUGUUCUCGCGAUUAAAUGCUUAAUUACGUUCCAGCGAGCCCAUGUGCGCACGCGAAAACUUGCAUGCACUUUUUUGCACGCAAUGUUGCAUGCGAUAGUUUCUUUAUUAAUUAGCGUGGAAAAGUAAAAACGAAGGAAUAAAUAUAUCUCUACUGUCAUUGCUGUUAUACACGUGUUCUUUUCGAAAUUUUCACACCGAGGGAAUAUCAGACAUCAGACGACAAACUCAUCUUGUCUGGAAAUGAAUUUAUCCAGCCGCGUUUUCAAUCGACACGGGUCAAGGCAAACAACCGAGCUUAUUAGUUAUAAACGUGCCUUUUUAUACGUUACUUGAACUUCAACUUGCUGUGAACUUUUCUAUAAGUAGAGUGGGUGGUGAAAUUAUAUCUGCAAAUCACGUUUCAAACGAAGGAUAAACGAAAUUCUUCUACAAAUUGAAGAAUUUAUCUUAGCGACCAUUUCAUCGAGAUACUUUGUUGAACAAGCGAACCGUAAUUACAAUUUUCCUUCUGUUAUUUAAUUGUUUCGCCAUACACCCACGCGAUUUCUUCCCGUUCCUUUCCCUUUCGUUUUCUCUCAUUCGGUUCGAACAAUUGUUCGCGUCACGGUUUUGUUGCAUGAAAAUAGCUCGUUUAAACAUUUACAGUGGGGAAGUUGAUUAAAGUCCAUGAUGAAAAUAACGGGAUUUUUUGGAACGACGUUGGUCAACCCCACGGAGGGUUAGUAAUUUAAAUUUCGAUUUUAGCCACUUUUUCAGAUCGCUUUUCAACGUGUGAAAACUCGGAAUAUUGUUUGCUAAUUGCUUUCGUGGGUUUUUAAUUCACUUGGUUUGAAACGAAACUUUGGUAACUCUUUGAUCGUUCGCUUCUUUGCUCGUCAUUUUUGUUAGCUGUUUUUGCUCAGUAAAGUGGAAGAGCUCAGUGAAAAUUAAAGGUCACAAGUUGAAAGUUUGACACUUGAUAGACAGAUCAUCCAUAUAAUGGAAUAUUUCGUUGCUGGAUUAAAAAAGAAUUUCACUUGUAACACCUUCAAAAUAAGUGAAAACGAGCCUCCUUUUUGUAUUUUGAUAAACGGAAUAAAAGGAAAAUUUAUAAAGGAAAUGAAUAAUGGUCAGAACCAUCGAGCAAUUCCAUCUGAAAUCGCGUCGUUCCACGAACAGUGCGUGCAAGCUCGUGCAUAUUCCCGACAAUAACUAAUAAAUUUUGCAAUUUACUACAGUGGGACGUCUAUUACCUCUGCACCCUCGUUCGGUGCACGUGCACAAAGUGUCGUCGUGUAAUCGUCGUGUAAAACGUUAACCGUAUCAAAGCACCGGAAAAUAAACGUUCCUUUCCAAGGAAAAUUGCAACCAUUUUCCUAUUACGGAUAGUUCUUGAUAUAGGGAUCAGGAUUCUUAAAAUCCAGCAAUUUCAUUUUCAAAACCGAAGGAUUAUUUUUAAACCCUGCCUCGAGUGCAUUUUACGUGGAAUUUGCAACUAAGAAUAGAUUGUCGUUUUUGUCGUCAACGAGUUUUCCGGGAAAAUCGCGCUGGCCUUCGAUAUUUGUGCAUUCACGAGAAAAUGUCAAAGGAGAAUGUUAAAUGUUUACCAAUUUGUAUUAUUAUAUAGAAUUUUCCCGCGAUCUUCUCGCCGCUAAUCCGAUUUCAGCUCGAUUCCAGAGCAACUUUCAUCUCCUGUGGCUUCUUACCUUCGCGUUCAGCGAAAACGUCAUUUCUCGCGGAAUAAUUUGCCGUUCCUAGUGACGCAACGGUGGAAAAUUUCAGAAAUCGAUAAAACCUUGCGAACAAGAACGGGAGAGUGUCUGUUCCUGAGAGAAUCGAGGCUGAGAUUGAACCUGAGAGGUAAUAAUAAUGGUAAUACUGUUGUGACGAAACGUGACAAGCAGAGGCGACGUUUAAAUCAAAUCCAACAUAUUGGAUAAGCAAAAGGAAGAAGAAUGAGUUCCCAGAACAAACGAAAAGUGGAUGAAUACCGUGUUCGAGGUGAAAGAAUUUUCAUCGAUUUUCUGAUCUCGAUUGAACACGCAAUAUUCAAUCUCGAAACAGUGGUCUUUAGACCACUCACGUGUUGCAGAAUGUGUUCGAAUCAACGGUCGUUUAAUCCUAGCCGGCUUUAAAUCUAUUGUACCAUUGUGCCGUAAUAGUCCUCUGGAGAAUCGCUUGAAAGUACCAUUGGAACUUGAAAGACAUAUACACGUUAUGGUCGUCGAGAAUGGUUUAUCUCUUUGCAAGCUUUACGUACGUUCGUUUCUAUAUUUCUCCAAGAUCCAUUUAAUCCCUGAUAGGGUAAAAAACAUCCUGUAUCAUAUUUACAAAAAAGGUAAUCGGGCGAUGGAACUCACGGUGGAACUCUACUUACAAAUUCUAAGAGCCGGUUUGAAAACUGCAUCUUCGCAGGGGUGCAUUAUUCGUUGACCUAGUGCAAGAGGACAGGUAUGCAGGCAAUGCAGGUUUGCAUCAUUCGCGUGUCCCAGAAUGUCUGCACGAGGAGCAGGUGUGUACCGAUGGGUCGUUGCGCAAACGACCGAUUGAUAAAUAGAUUAAUAUGAAUUUCCAAUCCAAAUACGAAUUUUCAGUUCAUUCAAUCAGUGGACGUUAUUUGCAAUGAGAGUCGCGUUGCGAUCUGCAACAUACCCGGAACCUGCCCGCACGCUCGCAUGCUUCAACGAGCAGAAAUCAUUCCGUAGAUCGUAUUAAGAAUUACACACCAGCGUCGAUUGAAAUUGACAUCCAUUUGUCAAGGCCCGUCUAGUCGGUGCUCGACAUUCGUCUGGAUUGUACCUCUCGUUAUCUAACGUUCUCUAAUCAAAUUUUCCAAAGAUCCGUGAUCGAAGAAGUAAUAGGAACGAUUCGAUUUCUUCGAAGGAUUCGAGUGAUUGUUCGUAUUCGAUGGUAGAAUCAAAAGGUGUUGACGGUGUUAAGCAAUCGCGAAUUCACGGAACGUGGAAUCAACGAAGAACCUUUCUGAUAAUCGGAUUAUCCAACGGGCUUCAACGAGGUUUGCGUUUUUAAAACGCGAUUACGUGGCCGCUUUCUUCCGAUUAGAUUAUUUAUCGCGCCGGCGAAGCGGAUUCUUUGUGGUUUCAAGAGGGAAAGCAUCGAAUUCGAGCAUGACGAAGUGGGACAGUUCGGAAUCCGAGUGCUCAGAGGCUGAAGACUCAAAUGAGUUAGGGGCCAUAGUCAGCCCCGAGAUUUGCGCGAUGGACACUGUGGACAGUACCAGCAAACGUUCUGGAGGCCACAGCGGCCACAAGACAGUUUCAGCUACCCGAGUAUUCAAGAAAUCCAGCCUAAAUGGAAAGAUCACGGUAUACCUUGGGAAAAGAGAUUUCGUCGAUCACAUAACCCACGUUGACCCCAUUGACGGGGUCGUGCUGAUUGACCCGAACUACGUGAAGGAUCGCAAGGUCUUCGGGCACGUUCUAGCGGUUUUCAAGUACGGCAGAGAGGAUCUCGACGUUCUUGGUCUAACGUUUCGCAAGGAUCUUUACCUGGCUGCCGAGCAGAUAUAUCCCGUGGUACCUGGUUCCCAGCAUCGAGAACUGACGCGACUGCAGGAGAGGCUGAUCAAGAAGCUAGGGAACAACGCUUAUCCGUUCUACUUCGAGCUACCGCCUCAUUGUCCUGCUUCGGUGACGCUGCAACCGGCGCCCGGUGACACGGGCAAACCAUGCGGCGUCGACUACGAAUUGAAAGCGUUCGUAGGCGAAACGCAGGACGACAAGCCUCACAAACGGGAUUCCGUCAGGCUGGCGAUACGAAAAAUUAUGUACGCCCCCUCGAAACAGGGCGAACAACCGUCCGUCGAAGUGAGCAAAGAGUUCGUGAUGUCGCCGAACAAGCUGCACCUGGAGGCGUCCCUCGACAAGGAGCUCUACCAUCACGGCGAGAACAUCGCUGUGAACGUGCACAUCGCGAACAAUAGCAACCGGACUGUGAAAAAGAUCAAAGUGUCCGUGAGGCAGUUCGCGGACAUUUGUUUGUUCUCCACCGCACAGUACAAGUGUACGGUAGCCGAAGCAGAAAGCGAGGAAGGGUGCCCAGUGGGGCCAGGUUUCACGCUGAGCAAAGUGUUCUCUCUGACACCGCUUCUCGCCAACAACAAAUAUAAAUGGGGUCUUGCCCUCGAUGGCCAGAUCAAAGACGAGGACACAAAUCUGGCGUCCAGCACCCUCGUGGCGGAUCCCUCGCAACGUGAGAACCUGGGAAUUAUCGUUCAGUACAAGGUGAAAGUGAAACUUUGCCUCGGUGCACUUGGAGGAGAAUUGGUCGCGGAGCUGCCAUUCAUCCUGAUGCACCCGAAACCGGAAGAAGAGGAACCGGCGCCACCCACCGCGCGGCCCAGUCCGACGCAGAAAGCGGACAGCGGUGAAAUACCGCUCGACACGAACCUCAUUCAGUUGGACACGGAGGCUGACGGCGACGACGACAUAAUCUUCGAGGACUUUGCCCGUCUAAGGCUGAAGGGUGAAACGGAUGCCUGACCACGUUGUUCGCACACCGUCGACCUGUACGACACAGCGAAACGUCCGAUAUACGAGAAUGUCGUCGCGACACCGACGAAAAAUGCGAGCCAGUUGAUUCUGUAAUCAGGUUCGACGGACCUUUUUGUAAGAAUAAAAGAAGAAAAGAAAAAAAAAAAUAAAUAAAAGAAAACGCGAACCACCGAGCGAAGCGUUGAGAAACGAACGACUCGAGCCACAUGAGAUUUCACGAGUUUUCGCGUUGUUCUUCGACGACUCCGAUCAUCGAAACGAUGUUUCCAUUCCUCUCGAGAUGUAUUUACUGUCCGAUAUGAAGAAAAAUGGACACGGAAUGGUACUAACUUGCUGCAUAGAGAAUCAAAGAUGCACACUAAGAAGAUCACAGGAGGACAGACGAACGAGUCGUCGAGAAAGGAUUGUGAAUUACGUUUAUGGGAAUGAUUGAAGAAGUUUUCACGACGAGACAUCAAUGGAUGAAAGAAACCCAAUCUUUAGCCAAUGUAUUUAUCGAUAUAUCGACGAGAAAGGGAUGCGAUUUUUUUUUUCUUUGUUUUUUUUUUACUGGAGACGAUAAGUCUCUUCAUCAAGACUAUAAAACUGAACAGAUUUCUUUUCUGUAAACUUAGUCACAUGGCCAGUAUGUAAUGCAGUCAGUGUGUUACACGUUGAUUCGCGCAAAAUUUAUAGGUGUAACGUUUGCGUCUGUUCUUAUGGCACACCUUUGUUAAUUCAAUACAUUUUUUUUUACAACUGAAAUUAAAAUGAAAAGAUGUCAAAAGAUUUCUCGAAUGUGAAAUUAAAGCACUUUGUACGGAGAACUAUUGGUGUGCUACGAGAUUAAGAAUGUUUGUUUUCGGUGUAAUCGAACAAGAUAAAUUGAGAUUUUCUUAAUGAAAGCAUCGCAACAAAUUCAACGAAUCCUAUUUAACCCUUGUGUUAAUAACGAAAAUGUUCACGGUUGUUAUAACCAGGUAUUUGGAACGAUAUUAAAAUUUUGCGAUAGGAACACGAUGAAUUCUUGAAUGUCAAUGUGAGAAUGAGUAGCUGGGUACCCAGUUAUUGACACAAGAGUCGAAUCUUACAAAUAUAUAGGUAAUAAUAUAAAUAUGUAUACACGUACGAGGAAAGUUUUAACCCUUUCGCUAUAACAGCGAUUGUAUAUUAAACGACGGAGUCUGCGAUAUCAAUAAAAUUUAAUUUGCUAUAGGAAAUAUUUUUUUCAAUUGUUCUUUGGAAAAUUUCUGAAAGUAGCGAAAGGGUUAACGAUCAAAUUAAACGACAGUUUGAAACAAGCAUUAGAAGAAUUUCAACGUUUUAGCUUUUACACGUUUUAUAUUGAGAUCGAGAAGGUAUUUGGAUUUUUUGCGAAUCGAACGAAAAACCACCUAAUCGUACGAUUUUCUAUUCCUUUUUUUACGCGACACGUUUUUUACCGAACGAAAUAUCACACGUAUAGUGCCAUCCUGAUCACGCCCGUCGAAGAUUCUUGUUACAUUAUUCGUUUUUUAAAAAUGGAAGAAAAGAUUCACGCGAACGAAGAUCGAUUCAAUUUUAUUAUCGUUCAUCAGACGUAUCGAAGACUGUUUUUUGCGAAAUCGUACCAGCUGUUCCUACAAGGCAUCGAUUUCGAGAUAACGAGUCUCUCGUUGGAUCCUUUGGCGAAUUUCAACGCUCAUCGUUGAUUCUCUUAGAAUGAGAGGAAUUCAAGAACGAACUGGAAGAAUUCCAAACGCGAUCGAGAGAAUGGGGAUCAUUCCAGGUGCACGUGAUUAAUCUCAACUCCUUCAGGAGGGAAUAUAACGAGUAUUCUCUAAGUGGCGGAUUGAAACGAGUGCAGCGUCUUUGAAUCCAUGAAAGUUUACACCGUCAUUUUAAUCAAACCUCAAGCUUCGAUAUAUCACAAGUGCUGUUUCCGUCAGGAAAAUUUCCAGAUCAAGAAACGUUGGAUUCGAGAUCGCUGUUCUUUCGUAUCUGCGACUUAGGAGACAACAUCGUUGCGUGUAUGCGUGCGUGUGUGUGUUAAGUUAGCACGAUUGGAACAUUAAGGCGUCCGCUGUCAAUUAAUCUAAUUUACUUCGUUCGACGUCGAUGGUGUUCACGAAGGCGCCGCGAGGACAGCGAGCGCGUUAAUUUUAAUUCAACCUCUCCGUGUCGGGGAGAGUGUAAUUUGCGUGUAAAAUAAAUGAAGAAAAAAAAAAAAAAAAAGAAUAAAUAAAUAAAUAAAUAAAGUUAGC